UCUCUCUCUCUCUCUCUCUCUCUCUCUUCUUCUUCUUCUUCUUCUUCUUCUUUUCUCUCUCUUUCUCUCUCUCUAGAAGAAAUGGAUAAGAAACCAUGCAACUCUCAAGAUGCAGAAGUGAGAAAGGGACCAUGGACCAUGGAAGAAGACUUGAUUCUUAUUAACUACAUAGCUAACCAUGGUGAAGGUGUUUGGAAUUCUCUAGCUAAAGCUGCUGGGCUUAAACGUACCGGGAAAAGUUGCCGGCUCCGGUGGCUGAACUAUUUACGCCCCGAUGUGAGGAGAGGAAAUAUUACUCCGGAGGAACAACUCUUGAUCAUGGAAUUGCAUGCCAAGUGGGGGAAUAGAUGGUCGAAGAUUGCGAAGCAUCUACCAGGAAGGACUGAUAAUGAGAUAAAGAAUUACUGGAGGACUAGGAUCCAGAAACACAUCAAGCAAGCUGAUCAGAAUUUUCAAGUUGGAGUAGAUGCAAUGGAGAUGAUGAAUCAUCAAGCAAGCACAAGCCAAGUCUCUGGCAGCACAGCAGAUAAUACAAUGGAGACCUGCUACUCUCCACCAUCUUAUCAUCAUCAGAUUAAUCAUGUGGUGGAGGCUUUUCAUCAAGGGCCUAAUACUAAUACUACUACUUUGCAUCUUCAUGACUCCAAUGUUAAUGACAACUACUGGAGCAUGGAGGAUCUCUGGUCAAUGCAGUUACUUAAUGGUGAUUAAAUAUAUAUUAUUACUUAUAUAUAAUCUGGAUUGAUAUUGCUAUAUAAUUAGGUUUGUUUAUAUAUAUAUAUAUAUAUAUAUAAUA